AUGGGAGUUGGGACUCGGAAAGCAUAUUUACCAGCUCCGACAGAUUCGCCUACGGAACAAACUCCCGUCGAAAGUAGUACCGAAGUCGAUCUUGCAACAGACGUGUCGCGCCGGACCGACAAAACUUCCUGGACCAUUCCAGAGGACGGCAGGGAGAUCACAAUUCCUGCAAAGAGAAGGAAAAAUAAGCGGGAUACAGAAAGUAGGCUGACGCAGAGUUCCAACCAGUCACAAACCUCGCUCUUGAUCGAAUACUACGGGGGCGGAAAAGGGGCAAAGAUAGAGUCCAGACCCAGUGUAAGGGUCAAGGUUACACCAUCAGCUGCACGCAAGAUAAAAAAUACCAACGAACACAUUACGGUCUCGGAAUCAAGAGGUAGUCGCAAACCCUCCUACACUCGUCAUAUCUCCUUGGGGCCUCAAGCGACACCCGAGGGUCAGAUCAUCGAGAGCGCUGAUGAUAAUAGCUCUUACGCAUCUGCAGCAGAAGAGUCUAGUCUAGCACCAAGACAGGCCCCAGUUGAAAUCGAAGUCAUGCGUCAAGAUGUGGACAGCGACAUUUCUGGGCUAUCGGACGACAGAGACCGACUCAUUCAGCAGAAUCAGUCCGAGAUCUCUUCCAUGCCCGCAGACAGCAUGCUUGAAGAGAAGCAUGGCACCGUGAGGAUAAAUACCACUUCAACACCGAAGCACAGAAGCCGAAGCACAAGUAGGGAGGCAAUGGUCAACACGAAAGAUACUCUUGUGACACCUUCACGGACUAGAAGCGGAAGAAGCAGAGAGAGGAUUGCACACAAGGCUAUGGAGAAAAUUGCUGCGCAAACUGGCAGUAGUGGCAGGCAUAGACGUCACAGCAGGAGCUCACGAAGCCGAAGCGCUAGCAGCGAGCAAUCCAACACCAUACAGCCUUCAAGACGAAGGCCGAGCAAAACGCACCAGUAUGAAGAAGGAUCACGAAGCGGCAAUGAUUCAAAUGUUCUGGUCGAUUCUCAGCUCUCCCCUCAAAGACGCUCCGGUGAUCAGUACUCGUUCAGAUCUGGAGCUUCUAGAUCUUCCGUCAGUACUAAUCCCGCACUCUUGGAGCAUGUUGAAAAGGCCAUCAAGCGUUACAUUAUGCCAGAAUUAGAAAGUAUCAAGCGAGAGCAGAAAGUCCAGAGUACUAGACAAAAGUUUGAGCAGGACAGCGUAACAUCUGGGAGCAGCGAAAAGACGUCACGCAAGCUCUCGUCUCACAGAAGCGCCCCUGAUGUUGCCGACAAACCUAAAGUUGUGCUGCACAAAGACGGUGACGAUCCAGGGACGAUUUUAUCCGGAGAUUCUGUCAAGGGCAGCAAGGAACGCCGUCGAUCACGAAAAUCGGGUUCGCCCCUUGAGCGCAGAUCCGAGCGAGAGGUGUCUGAAGAGACUGUGAUUCAUGACGGAGGCAGCGCGUCUCGAAGAAAGAGCAAAGAGGGUCACAGUAUGAGAGAGGCAGCCGCUGCUGGAAUGGCAGGUGGUGUCCUCACGGCAGCCGCUCUCAAUCACCAUGAUCUGAAACACAGCGAUUCAAAAUCCACUCUUGAUAGCCAGGGACGUAGACGACGACGCAAAAGCAAGAGUCAUAGCCGUAGCACAAGCGCUGCAGGGAGUGAGGACGUUUUCAAAAAGCACGGUGUUUCGCCUAUGCCAAUGCAGAGCGACAUGCACAGCUCAGAGAUAACCAGAGAUUCCAUUUUAUCAGACGAGACGUCUGGGACUAGGUCGCCCGCCGUUGAGGUACAGAAAGCCACUGUUCGACAAAUGGCAAGAGCCUCUCCGCGCGAAAUAUCCUCACCUCGGUCAAGGACCCCAACCAGGGGGCAGACAAACCUGCAGAAAGGCACUAGCACUCACCAUAGUAAUCUUCACCGAGAAGAUCUUCGGCAAGAGAGUCCGCUGAGCGGUCGAGACGUCCACCAGGAAGGGGUCUCCCCAAAGCGGGAAAAGGCUAGCAUAUUCGGAGGUCCUCAUAUGACUAGCUCGCCCACCCCUCCUACUCAACACUUCCCACAAUACGAUGAAGAGGAAAGCUAUGUGCACGAAAGUCAUCCGCUGAGUCCAAUCCAGAGUGUGUCAAGCCGUCAAGAGAGCCUUGUCGAGCCCCAACGGAGGAAGAGUGCUACUUCUCUUCAGUCAGAAACGUCUGUGGCCAGUGCUGCGUUUGAUCGGACGAACAGGCCCAAAGGUAUACACCUCGAGUCUCCUCGUGCCGUCCUUGACCAGCAUGGACUCCGCGACUCUGAUUAUGUUGGAGGAGAUUACAGCGGAAAGGAUCCUUCGAUUGACGAAUGGCUGCAGCAGGAACAUGAGAAGAAUGACCAGAUUCGCUCGUCUAUCGGAGGGGAAAGCUAUGGAGAUCCCACAGUGGACUAUAGACACAUGACCAACUAUACUGACGAUAGCAACGACAUCGCUUUCGAUAAGUUGACUGAAGGCCAAAAGCACCACGAUGUUGUAGCUCGCAAAACAGCAGACUACAGAGGGACACCGGUUGCGGUUGAGUCUGCGGUAGCGUCAUUGCUUGAUACCUCAACUGUCUCAGCAAAGUCUAAACAGGGUGACAGGUCGUUCAUUGAAUCGCCGAACAAGGAAGGUCCAAGAGAUUCGACAUAUAGUGCCUCACGAGAAGUUACGUCAAUGGACAACCUUCGGCAAGACGAUCAUGAAAGGAAAUCGUUCCUACGCGACGAGUCGGCUCAGCCUUCUCCUCGCCAGAGUCUCGCUCGAUCCGAAGGCUCCGAGAAGAUUGAAAUGGGUGCUAGUGGCUUGCCUAUUGCUGAUGACCCCUUGCCCGAAUUUGUACCUGGAAUGAACUCUGAUUCUGAUGUGACCACAAAUCCGUCAAUCAUUCAAGGCCCUAUGGCAGGGUCCCCGUCAGGCAAUAGAGACCAUUGGCCAUACAAAGAGACGCCACCUCAGCUUCAGCAGGGUUACGGUGGCUCACACAAAUCUAGCGCUCAUCAAAGUCUAGAAGAUGCAGCAACAAGGUUCUUGAAUGUCGCAGAUAUCGCGGCGGGAAACGCUGCUUUGAACAAUAAGCCAAGAUCUCGAGACUGGUCUGUGAAAGAUAGUUAUCAGCCGCAAGUUGAAGAUGGAGAUUCGUUCAUGGAUGGGCGAGGUAGUGCUCCUAAAGACGAGGGAUACUUCACCGAUGCGCGGAAAGGCGUCCAAAGCCCGGAAGUCGCGUUCAAAGAUGCUCGUUCAUUUGAUGACGGUGGACUAGAUAUUGACGAUCCUUUCACAGGACACUCAGGACAUUUGAGCACCAAUUCAGGCCUUGUGAAUGGAGGAGGGUCCCCACUUUACGACAGCGCUACAGGAAAUGGGCUAGAUCGGAUCCAAUCGAAAGACAUCGUAGCCCUGAUGGACCACCUUACUGUUAGGGACGCCCAGCGGAACGCUAGAGAUACGGAGAUACUCGUCACACUUGUUCGAAGUGCUGCAGAAAUGCGCAAUUCGUUCGAGGAGAUGAAGAAGUUCGUUUCUGAGCAAGGCGACAUACUUAAUGAUGCAAACAACAAGCAGCAUGAUCGAACCAUUCAGAAGCUGAUCAUUGGGGGCCCGCGACCACCGCCUCCGAAUUUUACGAGAAGGAACUCUGCUGAUGAAGAGGAAACGGCCACAAAGAAGCAGAAUGUCCUUAGACGGGCAAUAAGAGGCCUUGGAGGUCGAAGCCAGAAUGACAUGGAAAAGGUUCAGCAUAUGCUGAAUCAUUUGCUUGAGGAAGUUGCUACCUUGAAAACCACUCAAAAUUUCCAGCCGUCAUUGGAGCCCUCAACAGGUCCAUCCAGAGGACCGUCAAGGACAGAUACCUUGGGCUCGUACGAUAAGCUCAGGGCAGCUGACCCAGAGUCUAUACCUGUGCAAGCUACCGCGGGCUUAACCUCUGGCCAAUUCUCUGGAUAUUUCUCUGGCUCGCCAUCACGAGGCCCAAGCGCCGUACAAGAGAUGCGGGAUCGUCAAGCGUCAAAUAAUCGUGUCAGUACCGUUCUUGAGGCAGAUGAGGAGCUAGAAGAUCACGAACAAAAUGUCCUAGACCACCAGUUUGAGAACAACGAGCAAUUACUCACUCCGACAAGAGAACGACCCCACCCUGGUUCAGACCCUCUGGCUACUCCGCCUCAGCAUCAACUACAAGCAGCGGCAGCAACUACAAAGUCGGUAGAGAAUACUCCAAAGUCAAGCACAGACAAAAGCAAUAAACAUAAGUCCAUCAGCUCCUCCAUUUUUCCCAAAGUCUCGCGAUGGUCCAGGACUACAGCAUCCUCAUUCGGCGACAAUUUCCGCAAAAGCAAUGGAAAAGAGCGUCCACUUAGUGAAGCAUCUCGCUCCGGCGACCUCCCAGUCUAUGACAGCAAUGACCACUAUGACCCUCGAGGUGAAGAUCGUAUGGAUCGUGAUGAUUCGGUCGGAGAAGACCAGCAUGAUGAACACGACCAACUUGACGAAGAAGAUGAGCAAGACAGUCGACCGCCGUCGCCACUUGUCCCAUCUCAAGUCUCAGAAGACCCCAAGUACCAAGCUCAUCGGGACUCCAUGAAUCUGCAGCACCCUCAACCUCGUCCGGGACCCACGCGCCGUUACCAAAACCACCUCGAAUCUGAAGCCCAGAAUUACGGCUCUCAUGCACAUUCACGCUCUCCUAUCUCGCCAACAUCUGACACUUUUGGCUCUGACCCAGCUCUCUCCCGCUUCAUGCCUGGUACCAACAAUAGGUACAGCAUGGGUGGUGGUGGUCAUUUAUCCCCAAUCUCCUCCUCCGGAGACUCCAUUCGUUCUGCGUCGGAACAAGUCUCUGCUCCUGCGCCUCCGCGCCCUCCUAAGGUCAAAGACGACGGGCCGCUUGUGCCAUCUUCACCUAACACGAGCGCUGGGCCAGCGAGGCCGCCGAAACUCGGCGUUAAGGAUAACAGACCGCACUUUGCGAGUCCAUUGCGGGAGAGUCAAGAACAUCUGGGACCUGAGCAGCGGUGGAGCGGUGGGAGCGCUGCUGACGAGGCCAAAAGAUCCCCAGCAUCUUCAAAAGGCACGGCUCCACCCCAGCGUAAACCUACUGGGCCCCGACCGAUCUCUACGUCCGGGAGCUACAGCCCAGACAAAGAUGGAUUGAGACGGAACCGUUAUCGAGGCAGCCCGAACCCAGAAGCAGAAGCCACUGAGGCUUUUUGA